ACUGGCAUCCGCUUUACGACAACACACGGCACGGAAUCCGGAAGCACUUGACGGCAGCAGGUCCGGAGGCGCAAAAGUGAAGGCUUCUGAAGCCUCGCCGCUACCUCUGCUGAGGAGACAGGGAUUUACCGGGGUCGGAGGAAGAGAAAACGGGAGAAUUUCAGAGCCCUCUGUUUCCCUUGGCGGGCCGAGAGAGUCAUUGCGGAGAGAAAAGGGUACAAAGACACAGGCGCAGGAGAGGGCAUGGUGUGGUGUGGGAGAGACGGCCGCCCGCCCCCACCCGCCGUCCCCCUCCUCCGGGCCGGUGAAUGAAGCUCUCCGCCCGGGCUGGCCCGGGGGCUGCGCGCCGCGGGGCCCCAGCAUGAGUGCGGGCCCUGGCUGCAAGCCCUGCAGGAAGCGAGCCCGUUGCGGCGCCCCGAAAUCGCCGCCGCCCACAGCCUCAGAUCCCCUGAGCCAGCCCGCAGGAAAGAGGCAGGUCUCGUCCUCCCUGGGCGAUCCCGGGCAGCCCACUCUGUGCCCUCUCUGGCAGAGGACGCCGCCGUCGUCCCCUUCCACUGGCUCUCCAGGGCCAGCAGUGCCCCGGCUACACAGCGUCGACUCGGGCGGCAAAUUGGGGAACAAAGUUUUCAAACAAAAGACAAUUACCAGUUGGGUGGACACUAAAGGAUUCAAGACAAGAUCAAAAAGUUUACAGAGUAAAGAUACCAUCAUAAAAGCAGGAUCUAAAAUGAGUUCUGUACAGAAAGAUAACCUUUUCCAACAUAACAUGGAGAAGUUAGAAAAUGUUUCUCAGCUGAGCCACCCUAACUCAUCUCUAGAUAAAAGUACAAAACAUUUCAACCAUCCUUUGACUUCCAGUACCUGUAAUUGGCAAAGUGAAGUAAAACAAAAGGAGCUUUUGGAAACUGAACCCCAGGAAGUAACCCUUGUAGCUGAUCAGUUCAGAAAUGCUAAUGUGGAUCAGUCACCCCAAAGUGAUGAUCAAAUUCACAUAGACUGUGAAGAAAAUAGAGACAAUAGGCAGCUCUUAUUGACACCUGUAAAGAUAGAAAAUUCCAAGCAGCCUGUGAAAGAUGCACAACCAAGAGAAGCUUCAGACAACUUGCAGCAAAGUAAAUGUUGCCAGCCUGAUGACACUAUUGUAGCUAGUCAGCAGGAGGAUGUAGAUGUUGUUCCAGAGAGUCCACUGUCAGAUGAUGGUUGUGGUGAUAUUUUAACUGAUCAGAAGAAUAUUGGGAAGAUGAGUGGACAAGAAAGUCCUGCAGAGUCUCCUCCUUUUGAGAAAGAAAGUGAACCAGAGUCCCCAAUGGAUGUUGAUAAUUCUAAGAAUAGCUGUCAGAAUUCUGAAGCAGAUGAAGAAACAAGUCCAUGUUUUGAUGAACAAGAAGAUGGUAAUUCCUCCAAAGUAGCAAAUAAGUCAUCCACAUUUCAAGCAGUGGAAACUAAAACUGAAUGUAGAAAACAGCAGUCUAGUAGGGGAUGUGAAGAUAAUGGAGCCAGACUUCAGCUUGAAAAAGAAGAGAGUCCCCAAGUGGAGGAUCAUUUACAUGCCAAAUCUCCUACCAUCCCUGGUCUGAAUGUGGAAUGCAAAGGUCCCAAGCAAUCUGGGAGAAAGGAUUCUAAAAUAACAGAUCACUUCAUGAGAAUGCCCAGAGGAGAGGACAAAAGAAAAGAACAAUGUGAACUCAAACACCAAAGAACAGACAGGAAGAUCCCCAAGUACAUUCCACCUCAGGUUUCCCCAGAUAAGAAAUGGCUUGGAACUCCUAUUGAGGAAUUGAGAAGAAUGCCUUUGUGUGGAGUUCGUCUUCCUCACCUGAGACACUCUGUCAAUCAUACAGUAACUGUUCGGGUAGAUCUUUUGAAAGCUGGAGAAGUUCCUAAACCUUUUCCAACACAUUAUAGGGAUAUAUGGGAUAACAAGCAUGUCAAAAUGCCUUGCUCAGAACAAAAUUUGUACCCUGUUGAAGAUGAGAAUGGUGAACGAACAGCAGGCAGUCGCUGGGAACUCAUUCAGACAGCACUCCUUAACAAGUUCAGCCGUCCACAGAACCUGAAGGAUGCUAUAUUGAAAUAUAAUGUUGCAUAUGCCAAGAAAUGGGACUUUACAGCUUUGGUCGACUUCUGGGAUAAGGUCCUUGAAGAGGCAGAGGCCCAGCACUUGUGUCAGUCCAUCCUGCCUGAUAUGGUGAAAUUAGCCCUUUGUCUGCCAGAUAUUUGCACAAAGCCAAUACCUCUACUGAAACAGAAGAUGAAUCACUCCAUCACCAUGUCACAGGAGCAGAUUGCUAGUCUUUUAGCUAAUGCUUUCUUUUGCACAUUUCCACGCCGAAAUGCUAAGAUGAAAUCUGAGUAUUCUAGUUACCCAGACAUUAACUUCAACAGACUAUUUGAAGGAAGAUCAUCAAGGAAGCCUGAGAAGCUUAAAACUCUCUUCUGCUACUUUAGAAAAGUCACAGAGAAAAAACCUACUGGCUUGGUGACAUUUACAAGACAGAGUCUUCAAGAUUUUCCAGAAUGGGAAAGGUGUGAAAAAAAAUUAACUCGGUUGUACAUAACUUAUGAAGGUACCAUAGAAGGAAAUGGACAAGGCAUGCUGCAGGUGGAUUUUGCCAAUCGUUUUGUUGGAGGGGGUGUAACCAGUGCAGGGCUGGUUCAGGAAGAAAUCAGAUUUUUAAUCAACCCUGAAUUGAUUGUAUCACGACUCAUCACAGAGGUGCUGGAUCACAAUGAAUGUCUUAUCAUCACAGGUACUGAACAGUACAGUGAAUACAUAGGCUAUGCAGAAACAUACCGUUGGGCCCGAAGCCAUGAUGAUAAGAGUGAAAGGGAUGACUGGCAGAGACGCUGCACGGAGAUUGUUGCUAUUGAUGCACUUCACUUCAGACGCUACCUCGAUCAGUUUGUGCCUGAGAAAAUCAGACGGGAGCUUAACAAGGCUUACUGUGGUUUCUUUCGACCAGGAGUUUCUUCUGAGAAUCUUUCAGCAGUGGCCACAGGAAACUGGGGAUGUGGUGCCUUUGGGGGUGAUUCUAGAUUAAAAGCCUUAAUACAAAUACUGGCGGCGGCUGCAGCUGAGCGAGAUGUGGCGUAUUUUACCUUUGGGGAUUCAGAUUUGAUGAGAGACAUUUAUAGCAUGCACACCUUCCUUACUGAAAGGGGACAGACUGUUGGGCAAGUUUAUAAGCUGCUGCUGCGGUAUUACAAUGAAGAAUGCAAAAACUGCUCGAGCUCAGGACCAGAUGUUAAGCUUUAUCCUUUCAUAUAUAGUAUCAUUGACUCCUCUGCAGAGACCACUGACCAUAAUGGAAAAAGGACAGGAUUUCGUGGAUUGGAAUGAGUGAGACACCUUAGUCAGCGUGGAUUCUUUCUUCCCCCACUUGUCCCCAUUCUUCCCCCACCAAUAUGCUGUUUGAAUUGUUGGGUGUAUUAUAUGAACUGGCUUAACUUAAUAUAAUUGUGUAUAUAAUCUUGCAUUUGUAAUCCCGUAUGCUGUCUCAUUUUGGAGAGAUGGGAUUUUUCAGGUUGUCCAUUUAAACCACAUCCAUCUUGAUUUAGAAUAGGUAUGAUUAGGUAUAAUUUUAUUUCUGUUUUUUUUUUCUUAUUCAUCAACGUAUUUCAGUCGAUAUUCUUUAGACUCCAUAGUCCAUCAAGUUUCUUUUUGAAAAUCUGUAAAAGGUUAUUCUUAAUCCUUCAGUCUUUUUUUUUUUUCAAAUGCCUAUAAAUCACACAAAUUGCCUCUGUACCUAAGUGAGUACCAGUGAUUCCUGGGUGUUCAGUUUAAAAGAUUUGUAGUUGUUUUUUUAUUGGCUAUGCUCACUAAUAUACUUUCUUCUCCACCUCACACUGAUUAGUCUUCUCACUGCAUUAUUUGACCUUUUGAAAAUAGUGUAGGUGUAUAUAUGUAAUCAUAUACACAUACAUAUAUAGAUACAUAUAUACACAUAUAUAUUUCCACACAUGUAGCACAAUAAAAAUAUCCUGGGUUUAAAUCUGUCUUCAAUACUAAAAUCACUUUUUAAAAAAAAUUUGCUGGUGAAGCACUACUUAUAGCAACUUGUCUGCUUUUUUUUUAAACAUAUUUUCUCUAAUAUUUGUGAAAUCCUACACAGAACAAGGAAAAUAACAGUAGAAGGGAAGAGAUCUAUAUGAAGCAAAUAUGGAUUUAAAAGCAUUGAAGCUUUUAAAAAACUAGGAUCAGUAUAUAUGAUUGUGGUAGAUGAGGAAGUAUACAUAACAAGAAUUUGAGAACUGGGACCUGAAAACAAUUCAUCUUUAUUGAAAUAACUGGUAUUUUGGGGAUGUAUAGUUAACAGAUUUUCAUUGGCAUAUCGGUUAGAAGCUAUUUCCUCUCUCAUAGCUAUAUUUUCUGUGUAGAUAAGUAUGGACUCUUGGGUUUUUCAUUUUGUGCACACAAAAGGCAAAUAAAACUGGAAUGAUGGAUUAUUAGGUUUAGGUUUUUUCAGGGACUCUGUCUUCUGUCCUCUUCAUUGUUAGAUGGACAUACAAUUGGAAACCAUCUGUGGAAAGGUAUAUACUCUUGAGGAAGUUGGAGAGAAUGAUUAUGUUAGUGAUUUGUUAUAACAUCCACAAUUUAAGCAGAAAAAUAUAUAAUCAGGUUUUCAAAGCAGUUCUCUACAUAACUAGGCUAUCAAACCCUGGUUUGUGGUAAAUGAGUAGGAAGCAUUGUACAGUCAAGUUCUGUUUGGAAGUCCUUAUGGACUCAAAAUGUCAGAACUGGCAGAGACCUCAGAGGUGAUUUAAUUACUUUGGAGAUGAAGAAACAAGGCCCAUUGGAGUUAUGUGCCUUGCUGAAAAUGACUUAACAAAUUAGUAAUAAAGCUAGGGUUAGAUCCGAGAGGUACCGAUCUUAGUCUGGGGCUCUCCCUUCUCCACCACUUCUUUGGACCUUGCUCCACUAGAAUUUUGUUGUACUCAUGUUGUACCAACACCAGUUAAUAUCUCCAGGCAGUUCUCUAAGACUAUAAGGCUCAUAGAUGAGUUGCUAAUUGUAUCAGUGUGGGAAAUUUUCAUACCAGAAGUUUUCCAUGCUGAUGAAAUCAUAUAUGUGGACCAAAAAUAUUGUUAGAAGUAGUUGGAUCACUAGUUAAGGCCUGGACUUAUUUUUGUUUAUGUAGAAAUACUCCACAUAAUAGUGCAGCUAAUUUUUUCUUUUUAGUAGUAGUGUAGUUAAUACAUUUUAACCAGUCCUCUUCAUAAAGUUUCAGAUCCUUGCUAUCACGUCAGUAGACUCUUCACUGAAGCAAUUCUGGGUCUUAUGCCCUGCCCAGGCAGUUAUGUAUCUGUUUUCCUGAGCUCUGCCCCUGAAGGAGUAUUUUUCACGUAGCCAUUUACUAUUAACUGGGAGUAUAAUAACAUUUUACAUCUGUUGGUACACAUAUGAUUGGCAGUAGCUUUGCCAAAGACAUCAUUCAUUUUCACCCUAUCUUAGCCAAGGGCUUGAAAGUCACAUCCUCCUUCUCUCCCCCCACAAUGUUAGUAUCUCGCAUCUUUCCUUCCAGCCCACUUAGAACUCUGGCCAAGUAAUCACAGUUACAUUUUCUUUUCUUUUCUCCACUCCAAGUUGAGUAGACUGUUAUUUUUCAAAAUGGUUCAAAAAGGGCUUCAGUACAUAACAUAAUGUAGAAAUGAAUAAACCCAGGUAAAGGUUCCCAGAAGUAAUUGUCUUCCAAACCCAUAGUUCUCAUUCUCACGUCUUGGUGCUGAAUUAGGGAAAGUAGUUUCAUCUCUUCUUUCUGAGCAGUUUUCCAAAAAAUGGGAUAAAGAUAGUUCCUCUUUCCCAAAUGUAAUAAGAAUACAUUUAGAUUGCAUGAAAUAUGGGGGAGGGGGGUGGGGAGGAAACUGAUAGAAUUUUUGUGCAGGGAAAGAGGUUAAACAGAGCAAUCUAAUUGGAUGAUCAGUUUCUCCCUUAAUGGCCUAUAGGCUAUUCAGUCUAGAUUAAGACUUCUGAGACCGUUGUUAUUCUUCAUCCAGAGAAUACCUGAGCUAAUAAUAUUUUCACUUUCCAGUAGAGUAUGUAACAAUCAGAGGAGGAAAAAUUGCUAUCUCUCCUAGGAGAUAUUUAUUGUCCUUUUAUCUACUUGAACUAAAGCUAAUGGUUUUCAUUGUCAUUUAAUGUUAUCUACCUUUUUUUUCUGUACAAAUGAGAAUAAAGAGAUGUCUUAUUGUAUACCUAUCCAGAAUGUUUUUGAUAUAAAAAAAACAUACUUUUCACACUGAGGAGUUCUCAGGGGUUGGCAGGAGGAGAAGGAAAGUUGAAUUUGAAUCAAAACUUGACUGUCAUAUAAUUGUUACUUCCUUCAAAGAGUAAAAGGGCAGAAAAGUAAAUGAUAUUCACAUUUUUUACCAAGUGCCUGGCAUUGAUCAUUACUCAUGAAAGAACAUUUGUAGGAUUGGUUCAGAUGACUUCCAGUGGGUAGUUCUCACCCUUCUUCACUGAUAUAAUGUCAGAAGCACAUGUAUUCCAUAACCAUACUUUUGAAAGGAACUUGAUCAGGUAUUGUCUCUGUGAUCCAGCACACACUUUUCACUCGUAUUACUUUUUUUGGGGGUGGAAUUAACAUGCACUUAAUUCCCAUCUAGUGUUUCUCUCUCUUCUCUAGCUAUCUCUGUAGUCUCAUGGCAGGCAUAUGCUGAAGCCAGCUCCAGCGGAUAAAUUUUUAGUAUGAGCAUUUACACUGUGGAAAUUGGCAAUAGUUACAGAUAGAGCUUUGUUGAUUGUUUAGAGUAUCAGUACAAAAAAGAUUACAGAUUAAACCUCACAUUAUGUCAUAUGUACAUCCCCCCCCCCCAGCUGAUUGUUAGCAUUUACCAGCUCAUAUAUCUCCAACCAUCUCAUGUCUUUGUGAUAAAAAAGGAUAUUUUAAAACUUCUGCUUCUGUGAUUUGAGGGGAUAGAGUUUUGUCCCAUACCAGAGCUCAUUUUAUAUAUAAUCAUAUAUAUAUAUAUAUGAUUUGGCCAAAUGGAAGAAAAAGGGGUUUAGGAUGAAAGGGUAGAAUUUAAACAAAUAUUCAGUAGUUAAGCAUUUAUUAAGCACCUACUAUGUGCCCAGACACUGUGCUAACAAGAUGAAUUAUUUUGUACUUUAGUUGUCACAAGAAGCAAUUAAUAGAAUUGAUAGCUAAAAUUCCAUAAAAUCUUUGGCGUCAUCUAUUCUAGUGCCAGAGUUCUCUUGGCAUGCUACAUCUUCUCUAUCUAGCCAUAAAAACUAACAGUUUACUGAAUAGUAACAACUAAAUCCAUAUAUAUUCAUCUGACAAAUGGUUGGUUUUUUUCCUGACAAUUUCUUCUAAAUUUCUGCUUAAUACAUCAUAAUUGUUUUUAUUUUGAGAAUGGGAGAAGGUAUCUGUAUGCUAAUGUUUACAUGAUUUUUAAAGGAAGGCAAUAAAGAUAUUCUGAUUACUUGUUACUA